UCAGACAAAGCAGCGAGGAGGCGGAGGGACGCAGCACGCACGGCGGGAGGAGACGUUCCUCCGGUGCUCUCUGCAGCAGCGGCCAUGCUGCUUCUCUCGGUGCAUCCCGGUCCUCCGCCGGUGUAGCUGCCGCCGCCUCCCUCUAUCCCGGUUAACGGAGCGGCCAGGCCCGGCUCGGCUCGGCCCGCCUGGAGCCUCCGGAUCCUCGGACACACACCAGAGAAGAGGCUCCGCAGCGACAGACCGGUUCGGCGGCAUUCCCGGUAGGAGCCUCCCUGAGCGGCGGAGCCUGUCUGGGCGGAGAGAUGGACGAUUAGUGGCAGGUCCAGUCAGGGAGCUGAAGGUUACUGCAGGGACACCACCGUAAUCCAGGAGGCUCAGCUGAGACCUGGACCAGAACAUCAGCCGGAUCUCGGUUCUCUUUGUAGAUUUACAACGAGCUGCUCUGAUCUGGACUUCACCUGUCCUGGUUCUGUUGGGGACUUCUAUGGAAGCUUCCAUUUUAACAGUCUACUGCCCUGUACUUUAAUCAGACUGUAAAAUAAUCUGGUUCUGGUCCAACAACCUCCCAUUGGGUCCAAGGGAAGUCUUCAUUUUAAGGAUUGAACAGACCAGAACCCGUCUGGACCUCGUUACCGGGAUGAAUCUUCUGUAAAAGUCUGAACUCCAACAACCACCAUGUCUCUGAGUAAGAGCCUCGAAUUGGAGCAUUUCGACGAACGUGACAAGGUCCGGCGAGGCCGCUCCACCAGGACCAAGAGGGAUGACUCCACCGGUAGCAUCGGUGGGGGUUCUGGUCCCAGCUCCAGGGGCAGCAGCCUGGUUCCCAGUCCGGCCCACAGCGCCAACUGCAGCUACUACCGGACCCGAACUCUGCAGGCCCUCACCUCGGAGAAACGGGCCAAGAAGGUCCGCUUCUACCGCAACGGGGACCGGUACUUUAAAGGCCUGGUUUACGCCGUGUCCAGCGACCGGUUCCGUUCCUACGACGCCCUGCUGAUGGAGCUGACCCGAUCGCUGGCCGACAACCUGCACCUGCCUCAAGGUGUCCGGACCAUCUACACCAUCGACGGCAGCCGGAAGAUCAGCAGCAUGGACGAGCUGGUGGAAGGUGAGUGCUACGUCUGCGCCUCCAAUGAACCCUACCGGAAGGUCGACUACACCAAGAUCAGCGUUCCCAGCUGGAAGCCCGGCGCCGCCAGUGGUACCGGCGCCGCCGGAUCCACCCGGACCUCCACGGCGUCGGCGGGCGUGUCGACCAGCAGCUCCGCCUCUAAAGAGAGACCCGAGGGCCGGGAGGGUCGGGAGAGCAAAGACUUCAUCAAACCCAAGCUGGUGACGGUGAUCCGCAGCGGGGUGAAGCCUCGGAAGGCCGUCCGGAUCCUCCUCAACAAGAAGACGGCUCAUUCCUUCGAGCAGGUUCUGGCCGACAUCACCGAGGCCAUAAAGCUGGACUCUGGAGCCGUGAAGAGGCUCUACACGCUGGACGGAAAGCAGCUGACCUGUCUGCAGGACUUCUUCGGGGACGACGACGUCUUCAUGGCCUGUGGUCCAGAGAAGUUCAGAUAUGCUCAGGAUGACUUUGUUCUGACGCACAGCAGCAAAACUCAGGCCUUUGUCACCGAGUGCAGAGCGAAGUCGACCCGAUCGGCGGCUCCUCAGAAAACUCCCAAAACUCCGAGCGGUGCCGGACUGUCAUCCUCCAGAACUCCUCCCAGAGGCCCGACCAGGACCAAGUCACCGGGUCCAGCCAAUGAGGCGUCAGGAUCCCAGUCAGGGGGGAAAUCGUCCAGGUCCAGUCCGACUCCCAGCAGCCCCGGGUCACGAAGAAGCCUCAAGAUUUCUCCUCGUCGAACUUCUUCCACUGACGUUAACGGAGAAGCUGAGCAGCCGGACGAAGCUGUAGAAGUGAACGGAAACCGAUCGGUUUCUUCCUCCAUCAUCAACGACAAAUACAAAGUAGGAAAAGUGAUCGGAGACGGAAACUUCGCUGUGGUGAAGGAGUGUGUGGAGAGGUCAACUGGUCAGGAGUUUGCUCUGAAGAUUAUCGAUAAAGCUCGCUGCUGUGGGAAGGAACACCUGAUAGAGAACGAGGUGGCCGUCCUCAGGAGAGUCCGACAUCCGAGUAUCAUCCAGCUGAUCGAGGUGGAUGAGACGCCAAGUCAGCUGUUCCUGGUCAUGGAGCUGGUCAAGGGCGGCGACCUAUUCGACGCCAUCACUUCCUCCACCAAGUACAGUGAGAGAGAUGCCAGUGCCAUGGUGUUCAACCUGGCUGGAGCCGUCAAAUACCUGCACAGGAUGAACAUCGUACACCGAGACAUCAAACCAGAGAACCUGCUGGUGUGUGAGUAUCCAGAUGGCACUAAGUCUCUGAAGUUGGGGGACUUCGGUUUGGCGACGGUGGUUGAAGGUCCUCUGUACACCGUAUGUGGAACACCGACCUACGUCGCCCCGGAGAUCAUCGCCGAGACGGGUUAUGGUCUGAAGGUGGACAUCUGGGCGGCUGGAGUGAUCACAUACAUCCUGCUGUGUGGGUUUCCUCCAUUCAGAAGUGAGAAUAAUGUCCAGGAGGAACUGUUUGAUCAGAUCCUCAGAGGGAAGCUGGAGUUUCCAUCUCCAGACUGGGACACAAUCAGCCUCCCAGCAAAGAUGCUGAUUAGUCAGAUGCUGCAGGUGAACGUAGAUGCUCGAUUCACUGCCGAGGAGGUUUUGUCUCACCCCUGGGUGACGGAUGAGGCUCCUGUGGACUCAAACACUGUGAGCUGCACUGAAGACCAGCCCAGUGGAGACGCAAUGGAACCAGAGCAGGAAUCCCCCGUACUGGAAACCAAACAGGUUCCUUCACCUCUGGUCUAAAACAUCACCGUCCAUCAGCUGGAAACCCAACAAUUCUCAUCUGUUCAACAAGGAAUCCAGAAAGUUUCCUCCAUCUGGUCUGGACUGGAAACCAGACGAGUUCCUUCUAAUCUGAUCUAGAUUCAGUUGUAUGAACCAGAUAGGUUUUGUCUUCUGGAAACCAACAAGUCCAACAUGAUCCAGUCUAGGAAGAAUCUGGUUCCUUCUACUGCAAACCAAACAAGUCGCCUCCAGUCUGUUGAAUGUUCUGUGAUUUCUACUGGAAACCAAACAAGUUCCUUCACUCCCUUCUAUCAGCUAGAAACAGAAUCUAUCACCUUCUCAUUUGGUCCCCCUUACCCUAGAGAGUUUCCUUAAUGUCUGGUGUGGACUGAAAACUAGACGGGUUCCCUCUAAUCCAGUCAAGAACCUGUUAUAAUGACUCCUGUCCAGAACACGUCCUUUUGGAAAAGAGGAAGCCAACUAGUCCAACCAGUCUAGGACAGAACCUGUUUCAUCGACUGCAGACCAAACCAGUUCCCUCCAGUCUGAUCUUGACUGUGCUUCCGUAUCUACUGGAAACCAAACAAGUCACUUCCCCCUUGUUCUUGUUCCAUUUCACCUUCCUGAAAUUGAGGAAACAUCUCUGUUUGAUCAUCUAGUCUAGAAAAUAUGUCUGUUUCUUCGACUGGAAACCAAACCAAACACGUAUCAAAGAGUCCUGUUUCAUUCUUCUGGAGACCAAACCAGUUACCCCCUUUUUGAUCUAAACCAUGUCCAGUUCAGUCUGACUGACACCAAACCCCUGAACGCAUCGAUAUGAAACCAAACACAGCCCCUCAUGACAUUUUAUCUUCGACAUAUAGAACUAGUUCUAUCUCCUAAGAUCUAGUAUCUGCCCCGAACAGAAAUGUUCUUGAAAAAGUAGUCUAGAAAACUAUGAUCUAGAAAAUGUUCUCUUUUAUCUCCUACAAAAGUUGCUGCACCCCUGGUUCAGAACGUGUUCCUGUUUCUCCUACAAGAAACAAACUAGAACUAGUCACACUUUAACCACUAGAAACCAAACAAGUUCCCUCACAUCUGAUCUAGAACAUCUUGAAUUUUGUUUAUUAGCAACCAAACAAGUUCCCUUAAAUCUGGUCCAGAAUGCACAUCCUUUUGUCUUCUAGAAAACAAACACAUCGUGUACAUCUGAUCUAGAAUAUGUUUCCUUUCAUCAAGUGGAAUAUAAACAAGUUCCCUACAGUCUGGCCCAAAAUAGAACCUGUUAAAUCCUGCAAAUCAAAUAAGUUUUUGAGAGUCUCGUCUAGAAAACAUAUCAUUUGAUCUCCUGCAGACCAUACCAGUCCUGCUCCUCUGAUCUAGAUUAUCUUCUGUUCCAUUAACCGAAAACCAAGCAAGUUGCCACAAAUCUGAUCUAGAACAUCUUGACUUGUAUUUAUUAACAAUCAAACAAGUUCCCUCAAACCUUGUCUAGAACCAGUCACCCUUCAGUCAGUGGAAACCAAACAAGUUCCCUUGGCACUGUUCUAGAACACGGUAACUUUCAUCUAUUAAAAAAAACCAAACCAGGUUCCCUUAAAUUAUGUCUAGAAUACAACCGUAUUCACUGACUGGAAAUCAAACAGGUUCCAUGAAGUUUGAUCUGGAACACACUCUCCUUCAUCAGCUGGAGGAUUAACAAAUUCCCUUAAAUCUGAUCCAGAAUGCACUUCAUUUUAUCUUCUGGAAACCAAACACAUCUGAUCUAGAAUAUGUUCCCUUUCAUCAACUAUGGAAUCUAAGCAAGUUCCUUGCAGUCUGGCCCAGAAUAGAACCUGUUAAAUCCUGGAAACCAAAUGAGUUCUUCAGAGUCUUGUCUAGAAAACAAAUAAUUUUAUCUUCUGCAGACCAAACCAGUCCUGCUCCUCUGAUCUAGAUUAUCUUCCAAACCAAACAAGCUCCCUAAACUCCGGUCUACAACACAUUCCCUUUGUUUUACACUUGGACUGUUUGGGUUCCCUCUCCUUCAACUUCAAAGGGAACCGUAUCCUCCUAUCUCUGGAUCCAGACUGUUUGAUCUACUGGUAACAAAUCAGGUUUUCCAGUAUGAUUUCCAGUUCAUCUCCUGGAAACUGUUCUGGACUGUCUAAAUCUAUGGAAAACGUUCACAGAGCCUAUUUCUGCUGCUGCUGCUGAGCUCCACUUUGAUUUGGUGAGACGCUGAUGACAUCACAUCCCGGUUACUUGAAGGACUCUGGGAUAAAGGUGCUGCUGGACUCGUCCAGAAUCACAGAACUGGGCCGUUGCUUCCUGAAAACGGCCUUUUACCUCUGAAAACACUUUGACAGAAUAAACCAAGAGAUCCACCUCCAGACGUCCCUCUGGUUCAGGGACGGUCCUCUCUGCCGAGGCCUCCAGGAUGUCUUCCAUUAGUUCUGGGAAACGUCCCACUUCUUCUGCCUUUCACCUCCAGUUCACCUUCUGCUGGCCCGAAGGACGUUCCUCAUUGUUCUACCCAACACCGACUGAGCAGAAGAUCCAGUUCUGUGCCUGUUUACGCUGCUGAUUAAUUCCUCUUCAAACCCUGAAUCUCCGUCUUUUCUUCCCAGAACUUCUUAUUCGCUGUAUCGAGACAAAAGGCUCAUUGUUCUGGAGUUUUAAAGGUGAGCUUUGCUGAACAUAUCAUUAGUUGUUUCUCUCUCAGUUUGGUCAUUUUCAAUGCAAAUUCAUUCAACUUGAAACAGUUAUUCAAUUUGACCACUUCAGAUGUGUUGGCACAGAUUUUUCAAAAAAGAUUCUCACCUUUAAUUUGUCAGAAAAACAUUCUACAUUAGGACUAAAACUCCAAACGUUGAGCCAUAUCUGUCGAUUCGUCUCGACCCUCCGUCGGCUUCGUCACUGUUUCUCAAACUAACCGAGAGGCUUCAAACCUCAAACGUCCAUGAACUGUUUCCUGAAGCAGUUCCAGUCCGGAUCCUCUGCUGGGUUUACAGCAGCGUACAGAGGAUAAAAUGUGCUGUAAAUACUGUAAAUAUCACUCUGUGUGUCGGUGUCUGUCUGUGUGAGUCUGUUGUGAAGUAGGAAGCAGUAGCAGUUUUGAAAAAAAAUAAUGAAAAGAAACAAUCUCAUCAUAGACAUGUGGAAUCAGCACCCAAAACAAACCUUGUUUACCAAAAAUACAAGAUUUUCCACAUUGAUAUUAAAACAUUCUGACAUUUUGAAAGGUAUUUUCAAGAGUUAGCUACCUAAUAAAUGUGAGAUCCAAGGUUUCUGCAGGGUGUUGAUGAACUGUAAUGAGUUUUUACCUUAAAUCUCUUUCUUUAUGAGGUCACGUGUCUGUGACGUCCACCAAUCAUAUGCUCCAUUCGCAUCAUCUGUCUUGUUCUGGUUGUCCGUCGGUGAAAGUGAAGAAACGCUGAGUGUGAAUCGGUGUGUUUGGGCAGCUGUAAGGACUUAAUGUGGAAAGGAUGAGGUUCACAUGUGAGUUUGAUGUGUUACUUUGUUUAAAACUUGAACAGAAGUGUGAGUCGGCACCUGGACUGAUGCAGUGUUAUGACCUUACCCUUGAGCUCACCCGUCCAUGGCCUUGACCUUCGGCUGCAGUCGCUGGUUCAGGGUUUGGCUGAACCUGACCAACAAAACCACAGAUCAAAACGGCUGCUGAUUCAUUUCCUGUCCAUCAAGUAACCGACUUUACAAGAUACAAUCAGAAAAAUGUUGAACCACUCAGAUGGUGAAAAGCUCUCAAAGCGUUUUGCAGGACUGAACACAUUCUCUCCCUUUAAGUCAGAAAAACAAAUCUGAAUCAGCUGUAUUCAAGAAUUGUAACUAGGAAUGUCUGAUCAAGUUCUUUUGGCCUCAAUCCAAUCCAACUUAUUUAAUGUUUAGUAUCUGCCAACAUCAAAUAGAGGAGGUCCUCGACUUACGUUGGAGUUCCAUUCCUACGAAUCUAUGUAAGUCAGAACUCUGGUGAAAAUGUAAACAGUCGUUCCAUGCAUCACGAUAUCGAUCAGUUCAUCAUAAAAGUCAUGAAUACCAAUGACUUUCAUGAAUGUAUGAGUCAUUUUACAAGAAGACAACAGAAUAUGUUGCACUGUUUUUGCAAGUUGAUCUAAUAAUGCCGAUGUUGGUCGGUGUUUCUUCCUCUUCCCAGCGUUUUAUUCUAUCUGAUUUCACUUCCAUGGAGACGGCUUUCCUUUUCUUCCAAGCAUCAGAAGAGUCUGACUUAUGCUGGUAGCCAUAAUGAAGGACAAAAAGUUAGUGAAUGUAGCACAAUCCAAGGUGGCGUACAACCGGAGAAUGUAAACAAAGCUGUCUUAUAGCGCUGACGUAUUCGUCCGCUUCACUCGCCAACUAGUUCCACGUACCCAGUUCUGACGUAACGGCGAAAUGCUGUAGGUCGAGGACGUUGUAAACCGAGGAUCCCCUGUAUUGUGGAUGAGCUGUAGUACCUGGUUGCACCACCAGGUGGCUCUCUAAUACUGUAGUGACCAGAGGAGGUGGACAGUUCCACGUCAACAGAAAUCACUGUGGACAUUUGGACAGAAUAGGGCACCAUGACUGGUGUUCUGUGACACUUAAUGACCUACAGCUAGUGCACACAAUGGCUUUUCUUCCCCAACAACAGAACCACCGAUAGAUGGUUGUCGGCUUAAAAUAUACAAACAUUAAAAACACACCAUCCUGCCGCCCAUGUGUAUUACCACUACUGAUUACAACAGUAUUAGCAUUACUAGCACAUAAUGAUGCAUUUAGCAUGUUGCUAACGAGCUAAACCACUUCAACUGGACCUUCGGCAGCAGCCAAACCCUCCAGCAGUGGCUCAGCCUCGGACCUUCUAUGCCUGCUAUGAACCCAGUGGUCUUAAUUAUUUUCUCUUUGCUUUAUACCAAACCAAGAGGAGCCUUCUGUUGAUGCCGUCAGUGCUGCAGCCUCCCAGGUCCAACCAGUAUCUCCAGUUUGUGCUACAACAUCUGUUAGUUCUGUUAAAGGUCCACAAUGGUGGCUUUGCAUGUUUUAACCCAAAUUUAUCUCCCGUUUGUCCGAAUCCUUCAAGAUUCAUUUCUUUAUUCUAUUGGGCAAUAAAAACAACUUUUGUGAAAUUAAUAACAAUAUCGUUUGGUCAAAGUAUCAUUUCGUUGUGUUGAUUAACAAACUUGUCGCAUUCAAGAACCGCUUAGUAUCUGAGAAUACUACUUGGCACAGCGGAUAACUGUAAUCCAGUGCAUCAGUAUUUUUAUUUUCAUUGUAAACUGAGCUGCUGGUUUAGUGGAAGUCGACACGAAUGACGGCUUCAGUUGGACCUGGGCGGCUGCCAUCACUGUGUGUGAAUGUGUUUUUAUCCAAUGCAGAGUGUGUUUGAUCAUUUCCCAUCAUGCCUCAUUGUAGACAGGAACUGAUUUUUUUAUUAUGUGCAGUAGACAAAACUAGGAUUGACCCAAACUGGGCUGGUUUUCCUGAAACGAAUCUCUGAGGUUGGUUUACAUUCAGUCAGCUAAAACUAGCGAACAGCUAAAGAUUACAAGCACUUAAUUUUAGAGACAAUCCAUUAGCUUAAGUGUUUCAACUGAAGCCCUCAGCCUUGAAUCUGGUAGCUAACAAACUUUACUAUGUAAAAACUAAUUAAUUAUCACGUGUUUCUGGUCCUGAUCUGAUUGGAGUCAUUUAAUAUUAAGUUUCAGGUCAUAAAGAGUCCUAAUCUGGUAAUAUUCUUGAGAUAAUUGAGGUACAUCAUGUACAGUUUCAUUCAAUUAUUGACAGAGAAUACUGCAGUCAAGAAAAUGAUGAAAGUUUAGCUAGCAAUGUGCACCAUGACAAACAGUUAUGUGACCAUUAUUGACUUCCAAUUAGAGCUCAUGCGUUCAGGACAAACUCGGAGUCCCAGUUUGUACUACACAUGAACACAUGAGCUCGAAUUGGAGGUCAUUAAUGGUCACCUAAGUGUUUGUCAUGAUGACAACUGGUAGCUAAACCCCUAUGAUUUUCUUGACUGCAGUAUUCUCAGUCAAUAAUUGAUUGAAACUAGGAGUUCCCUGAUCCCAGUAUACUCCAGAUUAGGACCCCUAAAGUUCUGCCACCAACUUUAUGACGCCUAUAUGACAGGAAACUAAGGUUUCAGGUUUGAUAGCCUCAAUCCCUGGGGUGAGAUCACAACAUCAAUGCUAAUAAACAUUAUUUCUUUUAAUCUCAACGCUGUUCCUACUAAAUGUAGCAAAGAUUGAUGAUGUUAAAAUCUGAGUCUUUCCUCUUUGAGAUGCUUUGAGGAAAACUAGUUCUGCUUGAGGUGGGAGGAAGAGUGUUUGGAGAACACGCUGUGGACAUGUGUAAUGUGAUGUGUGUUGAUAUGAAACGUGUAUGUUUGCUGGGAUCGGGGUGGACGAGACACAAGCCCUGAUUUGUAUCCAGACAAGAUGAAUUCAACUGUGAAAAUAAAACUAAUGCGGUCGAA